AUGAACUAUUCAAAUUUCAAUCACAAACUCCGUUCUCAAUUCACACUUCUGUCAAAUUCAAUUCCCACAUCGCUUUACCCUGUUCAUCAUGUGGGUGUGGUUUCUUUUUCCAUCUCUUCCAACUUCCACUCACAUAAUCAUCAUAUCCUCCGACUCCGACUAAAUACCUACACUUUUAUGUCCGUCAAUCACCAAAUCGACGGUGGUUCCGGUGAAAUCGAUGGUGCUGGCGGCGCGGACGACGAAGGGAGUAGCAAACAGAAGAACCCAAUUGGGUAUGGAAGAAAAGCGAAGAGGGGUGUUCUAUCGAGAAUCAAAAAGGCGAGAAAACGACUACAGAGAAGCAAAACGAAGGAAAACGGGAAUUCAGGUUGUUGUUGUUUUUGUUUGUAUAUUAGGCGAAUACCAAAAACUUUGGAUUCGUCUUCAGAGUCUCCUACAAGUGAUCCUAAUUCUUCAGAGUUCGGUUUUGAUUCUUUAAAAGGUUUGAUUGAGAAGAGCGAUUUCUUGUUAGAUGAAUGCAAUACCCAUUUCGAUGUAUAUACCUCUGAAUGA